AAUCGACGCCCGCGGGGUCGGCGAGUGCCGAUUGACUCACUGACUCUGGCACAAAUACAACAAUGUGUAAAGCCCAACUAACAUCGCAUUUCAACUUUCCCCAUCCCCCUUCUUUGAAAAUCAACCCACCCACAUCAUAUCCUUCCCCUCGUGUCUUCCUCCUGCAAAGUUAAAGAAAGAAAGAAAGAAAUCAUGUCGACACCCCACCCCCGCGUCGGCGUGGCCGCCCUGAUCCGCAACCCCUCGGACCGCUCCGAGGUCCUCGUCGGCAGACGCAUGGGCAGCCACGGCAGCGGCGCCUGGCAGUUCCCCGGCGGCCACCUCGAGUACGGCGAGGACAUCCUCACAUGUGCCGCCCGCGAGACCCUAGAGGAGACCGGGCUCGAGAUCGAGCCGAGGAGCCUGGCCGCCGUCACCAACUCGGUCUUCGUGCGCGAGGCCAAGCAUUACAUCACGCUCUUUGUGGUCUGCGAGAUCGUUCGUGCGGGGCAGGUACCCGAGGUGCUGGAGCCCGAGAAGUGUGAGGGUUGGAGCUGGGUCAAGUGGGACACCCUCCGUGAGUGGAUAGAUCAUCAUGAGGAUCAGAGCCCGGAGUGGAGUGAUAAGAAGUGUUUCUUGCCGAUCGUGGAUCUGGUCAGAGAUGAUCGCAACUUGACGGGCUUCAAGGGUUACAGUAUUGAUACAUGAGGGGAUGUUUUGCUUGAGAGUCCGAUGAACGACCUCGUGAUGCCACAGUCUAUGUAGCCACAAAGUUUAGAAACUGAUAUCUGAAAAGAUGUGUAGAGGAGGAGCUCACCUGAGCGAUUGGUCGUGGUGCUUAGCAUUGAAGCAGAGAUCGGCCUGCCGAGAACUGCUGGGCAUCUAUGAUGCGAUAGAGGUUAAUGGUACAUGUGUUAAUAAUAGAUUAUGUUAUAAUU